CCUUGUUUUUCCAACAAAGUGAUGAACAGUUUGUUCUUAAAGUGACGUCACCUUUGUUUGGAUUUCAGCAGCUGUCAUGGUCAAUGUAUGUCAUGGAACUAUGUGUGACAAGGGAUGGGCAGGCUAUAAUAAUCCACACCCACCCCAGGGCGUGAGAAUCAAAUCCUAACUCUCUCAAGCCAGUGCUCCUCAAUAGAACCUCUCAAUUCAAAUUUUGGAUUACAGUACUUUUCAUUCCAAUCAGGCGGUGGUAUGCUUUUUUGGAGCAAUUUUAUGGAACAACAAAAGACAAGAGGAUCUUACAUUCAUAAAGAUAACUUUCCAAUACCUGAAACUUGAAUAUCACUUGCAUCUGUCUAAGAACGGACAGAACCUAUUAAACUACGGUCUAUCUACUGUACUUGUAAGACCUUCAGUACUCUUUGGGAAAUUAUCUGCACCAUCUCAGUCAUGGCUGGAGUGAAGCCCACAGACUUGGCCCCUACAGCUGCUGUUAAGUUCUUUGGCGCUGGAACUGCAGCCUGUUUUGCUGACCUGAUCACCUUCCCUUUGGACACAGCUAAAGUUAGGCUGCAGAUCCAGGGCGAGUCCAAGUCCUCUGAAGGGAAGAUGGUGGUGAAGUACAGAGGUGUGUUUGGCACCAUCAACACCAUGGUGAAGACAGAGGGGCCCAGGAGCCUCUACAAUGGCCUGGUGGCAGGUCUCCAGAGACAGAUGAGCUUUGCCUCGGUCCGCAUCGGCCUCUAUGACUCCAUGAAGCAGUUCUACACCCGGGGAACAGACAAUGCAGGCAUUGGGAGUCGACUGAUGGCAGGCUGUACGACCGGGGCCAUGGCAGUAGCCUUUGCUCAGCCAACAGAUGUGGUGAAAGUGCGGUUCCAAGCUCAAGUCAGGGGAGCAGAAGCAGAGGGGGUGAAGAGAUAUAGCGGCACCAUGGAUGCCUACAGGACCAUCGCCAGGACUGAGGGCAUCAGAGGGCUCUGGAAAGGUUGUGGCCCAAACAUAACUCGUAACGCCAUAGUGAACUGUUCGGAGCUGGUGACUUAUGACAUCAUAAAGGAACUUAUCCUGCAGUAUAACAUCAUGACUGAUAACCUGCCCUGCCAUUUCACAGCAGCCUUCAGUGCUGGUUUCAUCACCACUAUUGUGGCGUCUCCUGUAGAUGUAGUGAAGACCCGGUUCAUGAACUCUUCAGCUGGAAAAUACACCAGUGCUAUUAACUGUGCUGUUACGAUGAUGAGAAAUGAGGGACCCAAAGCCUURUAUAAAGGGUUCAUGCCUUCUUUCCUUCGCCUUGGCUCCUGGAACAUCGUAAUGUUUGUCACAUAUGAGCAAAUCAAGAAACACGUGAUGAGAGUACAGCAGUCCUGGGAGUCUCCUAUCUAACCUGUCUCAUCCUGACUGACUGCUGUGUGGAUUUCUCUUACUGACUAUGAUGUUCAAGCCAUGACCGCCUGUAUAGGCAGAGCACAUUUUCAUCUAAAGGAGGAACCACACAAGUAUUAGCCUGGUCCCUGAUAUAUUUGAGUGACAAGGAGUUGGCAUGAUAGCACAAACAGACUGACACUUAAGCUAUGAGUCUGACUUCUGUACAGGAAAGUACGCCCCGUGCAGGGAUGUGUGACCCAACGUGUCUCCAUGAUGCCUUGUCCCAGACAGCGAGACCAUGGACCACACCAUGGACUAUUGAUACAACUUUGUGACUCAGUAAUGGAAUGAAUGGCUUGAUAGUGGUUUAUCUAACUUGCGUUUAGGUUAGGGAUACUGUAUUAUGCUUCCUCGCUGGUCGAUAGGGUGCAUAAUGUGACCUUCAAAUGUUAUUGAAGUUGUGUUAUUUAUAAUACCUAUUUGUAACGUAUGAGAACUUUACCUCAAAAUAUCCAUGAACCUAGUGGUUUUGUAUUCAUAACAAAUAAUCCAACAUUCUAGUAAGCAAUGCAAUGUCAUAACCAUUAACUUUUAAAUAAGGAGGUGGUACUGUGCAUUUUACAACUGUAUGUGAAGUUGUUUGAUAUUAUUUUAUUACUGCUGAUAUGCAGUAACUGCAAUUUUGGACCAAGCCUUGAAGAGUCCAAAAUAAUUAUGAAUAUAGGAUGUCCUAAAUAUGUUAUUUAUUAUGUCCUGUUAUUAAAAUAUAGUUUUUUCAUUAGUAAAAUAACUGAAUUUCAGAAUA